GUCAGUGUCCUGUGGUGACUAAUGUCAUAUGAAUAGACAGUUGUUUGUUAUCAACCUUAAAUUCUAGCUAGUGAAAAAUGGUUAUUAUAUGACGCUUAAAUAAAUAAAGAAUACGUUUUUAUUGUUAUCUUUAUUGAUAUUCAGAAAUGAGACUGUACAUAGUAUUUUGGCUUACCUCACUCCUAGGAAUAAGUCUAGCACAAAAAGAUCCAUAUAUUACAAAUAAUUUGAAUGAAAAUUCCAAUGCAAAUAAUGAAAAUCAAUUGUAUAACACAAAUAAUGCUAAUCCAAAUUACAAUCCCGGUUUUAAUUAUCCUGACUUGAAUCAAGGAACUAACUAUAAUCCAGGCUCUACUUAUAAUCAAAAUACAAACUAUAAUAGAGAUGUUAAUUAUCCUAAUACAAAUUAUCCAACUUAUGGGUAUGGGGGAAAUUAUGGUUAUGGAAAUCCAGACGAAUUACAGUGCCCGGAGAACUGGUUACGCUUUCAGAAUUCCUGUUAUAAAUUUGUUAAAUCCCCAAGAAAAGCUUACAAAGAAGCUAGAAAAAUUUGUCAGACAUACAGUCCAGAUGGGAGUGGCUCCGAUUUAGUAUCCCUAAACAGCCCUGAAAAACAUGGAUUUCUCACAAACCAGCUGAAUUUAAUUGAUUCUCAACAUAGGUACAUUUGGUACAUUGGCGCCCACCAAAGCUCUCCAAAUACAUAUACAAAUAUUGAUGGUUCUCAAUUAGCUAAUAUAGAAAAAGCAAAAUCAGAUGCUGAAUUUUCUUAUGGGAAAGAUUAUUUGGCUUAUAAUUUUUCAAGAAAUCAUUUACGUUGGGUAUUUGAGCCAGUUGUAGGAGAUGAGCCUUUAUUAUUUAUUUGUGAAGCACAAAUUGGAAUCUUACAAAGACUAGUCGUAGAGGACAGAAAUUUUAUGUAUGGAGUUGAUGUAACUGAUCCUGAAAAAAUACCAAUUGGGCCUUAUUUCAUUCAACAACCUGUAGAUGCUACUUUUGACAUUUCUAGAAAAAAUCUUUACAAUGAUGUUAGCAUUAGCUGUUUAGCUGGGGGAUAUCCUACUCCAACAUACGAAUGGUAUCGUGAGGAUUAUGAAAAUGACAGGCUUGUUGCUCAUAAAAUAGAUCCUUUAUUAGACAUUCGUUAUACCAUCAGUGGGGGUACCCUAAUAAUACACAACCCACAACAAAAAGACCAUGCAACUUAUCACUGCAAAGCAACAAAUAAAUUUGGAACAAUAAUAUCCGAAAGUGUUCAGUUAAACUUUGGUUUUAUUCUUGAAUUUGUACUGAAACGUUCUCCAGAAUCUGGUGACCAAAAUUGGGGAAAAUCAAUAUAUUGUGACCCUCCCAACCACUUUCCAUCUGUAAGAUACUCCUGGUCUCGUGAUUACUUUCCAAAUUUUGUCGAAGAGGACAGGAGAGUAUUCUCAUCUAAUGACGGUGCCUUAUAUUUUUCUGCUUUAGAAACGAUUGAUAGAGCUAAUUAUAGUUGUAGUGUUAAUUCGGAGUUUUCGGAUUCUGGAAGAAAUGGUCCAUUUUUCCCUUUAAGAGUUAAUCCACACUCUAAUUAUCAACAGUUGAAAUUCCCGAACAACUUCCCCAAAGCUUUUCCAGAAGCACCCACCGCAGGAAAAGAUGUACGACUGGAAUGUGUCGCUUUUGGAUAUCCAGUCCCAAGUUACAACUGGACAAGGAAAGGUGGUAGUUUACCUAGAAGUGCCUAUUUAACAAGUUUUAAUAGAGUUCUUAAUAUACCAAAAGUUCAAGUAGACGAUGAAGGAGAAUAUAUUUGCCGUGCCUAUAAUGAUAGAGCUAGUAUUGAAAAUAGUGUAUUUUUAAACAUUCAAGCUGAACCUACAUUUACUAUACCCUUAAAGGACAGACACAUGGAUAGUAAAAGUGAGUUGGUGUGGACAUGCGAAGCAUUCGGUAUUCCAGAUGUAAACUACACUUGGUGGAAAAAUGGGCGGCAACUAGUUCAAGGAUACUUAGAUAUAGAAGAUAGGGGGCGAAUUAAAAUUCAAGAUAAUGUCUUAACAAUAUCUUAUUUGGAUCAAGAAAGAGAUCCUGGAAUGUAUCAAUGCAGGGCUUCCAAUACUUUGAAAACUUCAUAUUCAUCUGCACAAUUGAGAGUGUUAGUUUUUAAACCAUCAUUUAAGAAGAAUCCCUUAGAAUUUGAAUCAUAUGCUGCUGAAGGUGGUAAUGUAACAAUAAAGUGUAAUCCUGAAGCGGCGCCAAGGCCAAAAUUUAUUUGGAAAAAAGAUGGAAAUGUGAUAGGUUCUGGCGGACAUAGAAGAAUUUUUGAGAAUGGUAAUUUGUAUAUAAGUCCAGUAUCUAGAGACGAUGAAGGAAUUUAUAUUUGUACUGCUUCUAAUGAAUUGGGAAUAGACGAAUCUAGAGGACGACUCAUUGUAAUGCGAGGUCCCCGCCUUGUUGAGCCUUUGAGGGAAACCAUAGUAACAUCUGUCGGUAGAAAUAUUGACUUGCGUUGUUAUGCAGUGACUGAUGAAAUGUUAGAUAUUGCCUACAUAUGGAAACAUAAUGGUAUGAUAAUACGUGAUAUUGAUGUCAGAAACUCCUACAACCGUAUAAAAAUUGAUGGAGGUUAUUUAAGAAUAAUAAACUCAACAUUCUCUGAUACCGGCGAUUAUGAAUGUGUCGUAAAAUCUGCAGUGGGUCGAAUAUUUUCAAGAGCUUUGGUAAUUGUAGAAGGCCCGCCUGGGCCUCCAGGUGGUGUUAAAGUAUUGGACAUCAAGAAAACAUCAGUUACUUUACAGUGGACAGAUGGUGCUAGUCACGGUUCUCCAAUUCAUAGUUACACUAUCAGCAGUAGAACCAAUUGGAAUCAAACUUGGGUAAACAUAACUCAUGGUGUAAGAGCUUCUGAAAUAGAUAGAUACACAAGAAGAAAGGAAGCUGUUAUCGACAAUAAUUUAAUACCUUGGGCUGUACAUGAAUUUAGAGUAGCAGCGUGGAAUAAUUUAGGAAUGGGAGCUCCAUCUCAGCCUAGUCCCAAAUACCCUAGUCCACCAGAUAGACCUUACAUUGCACCUCGUAAUAUAGGUGGAGGUGGUGGAAAAAUUGGUGAUCUCACAAUAAGAUGGGAUCCUCUUAAAGCAGAUGAACAGAAUGCACCUGGAAUUCAUUAUAAAAUAUUCUGGAAAAGAAAAGAUGGUGAAGUUGAGUUUAAGAGCCAGAAGUUAGAAGAAUAUGGUAAUGUUGGAGAAGCUGUUGUUUACAUUGACUCUCAAUAUUACUAUACCGAAUAUGUAGUUAAAGUACAGGCAUUUAAUAGUGAAGGUGCAGGACCAAUUAGUCAUGAAGUAGUUAUUUAUUCUGCCGAAGACAUGCCACAAGUUGCUCCUCAAUUGGUUGUGGCUAAAUCCUUCAACUCGACUGCUCUUAAUGUCAGUUGGGUACCAGUUGAUCAAAGUAGAGAAAGUAUCAGAGGAAAACUUAUUGGCCAUAGAAUAAAGUAUUGGAAAAAAGGUUCCAAUGAACAAGAUGCUGUCUACUACUUGUCCAGAAAAACAAGACCAUGGGCUCUUAUCGUUGGUCUUCAACCAGAUACAUAUUAUUUUGUUAAAGCCAUGGUUUACAAUUCAGCUGGAGAAGGACCUGAAAGUGAACGUUUCAUUGAACGUACUUAUAGAAAGGCCCCUCAAAAGCCUCCUUCUUCGGUUAUGGUCUAUGGUAUUAAUCCUUCCACAGUUAAAGUUGUUUGGCGUUAUGUUCAACCUUCAUUGGAAGAAGAACCGUUGCAAGGUUACAAGAUUCGAGUUUGGGAGAGUGAUCAAGAUUUAAGCACAGCAAAUGAUACGAUCAUACCUUUUGGAGGAAAUUUAGAAGGUUAUGUUACCAAUCUUUCUCCUGGAAAGGUUUAUAAGCUAAGAGUUCUAGCGUACUCAAAUGGUGGAGAUGGGAGAAUGAGUUCACCAGAAAAGCAGUUCCAAAUGGGGGAACCACAAUAUUUUCGCAGCGCAGCUAGUGAUAUACAAAUUAGUUUAUUGAGCAUUGCUAUCACAUUAGCGGUACAGUUCGUUUAUAAACAAUCGUGACAAUACUAUAUUUUUAUAUGAAUUUUGUCUAUUUUUUAUUGUUAUAUAGGGGUUAUUAAACGAAGGCACCUCGAAUCAAAAACCAUUUGAUUCAGUACUCGAUUGUAUCAGAUCUGAUUUUUUAUAUAUUUUUUAUACAUUCUGUAUUUUUUACUGUAUCGUGCUAUCGAUUCCGUCCAAUAGAUGUAUUGUUUUUAUAUAAUUUCAACACUAAGCAAAGUCUGUAUAGCACAGCCAGUACCUGCAUUGUAACUUUUAUCAAAAAAGAGUAGAACAAAAUGAGAUUUUGCUUUGUGUUCAUAAUGUUAUUAAUUUUUCAAUGAAUAAUUUUAUAUUUACAAUGAAUAAACUUCAUAUUUUU